GUGUCCAGAAAAAAGGGACAAGAGGAGACAGGGCUGCAGGGGUAAUGCAAGAUGCAUCCAUCCCACCACUGCUCUUGUCCCAAAGGAGAAGCCAAUCCCAAGGGGAUCCCAGCCACCACCGUCGGCCUUUGUGAAGCCGUCGCCAGGGGCUAACCGUCAAUGGAGUCGUCUUCCACAUCGCUAGCUGGCUAGCAUUGCUCAUGGCGGAUGGUCAUUACCGAUACGACUUCAACGUGCUGCGGGACCGACAAUGUUUGUCUAUCAAAACGAACAUCGACGGAUACCGCCUGGGUCUCUGCCAGUGCGUUCUUUUCUGGGCCAUCCCUUGACGACAAUCCCACCUCACGAUGCGGAUACUUUGACACCUCCGCGUUCCAAGAAGAAUGCUGUCCAUCCUAGACCAGGACAAGCAGUGACCAGCAAAAGCUGGAUGGAUGGUGGAUCAACUAGACCAACAACGCACACACAUCUCAACGUCAGAACCAAACGCGAUUGCAACUCUCGCCAUAACCAAGACAACUGUCCGGGAAUCCGCCAGCUUCCCUUUCACAACGAACAUGGCAUAUCCCAUUCGUUGAAUCGUCUUAUCGUGGCUAUUAAUGUCGCGGGCUUGACAUUUGCCUUUCUUCCCGCUUCCGCUACCUCGGCCGCCCUCGAUCCAAUCGCGUUCAUUCUCACGCUACAAACGCGCCCACUCAUUUUCGCCCACUUGGAAGCACAUGCAGAUACCCAUGGGCUUCCCCUGAACUGGUGCAGACACCAACUUUUAGCAUCUAGAGGCCCGUGCCAAAUGCAGGAUUGCGCCACCUUUUCCGCCACCCACCUCGUGCCCGUCGCUUAUUCGCCUGCCUCGACACCCCUCCCGAGUCCCAGGCUCCCACACCUGACGGCCUGCGAGCAGAGCGAGUGUCCAUCGUGGGAUUACAGGACGACGGGAUGGAACAUAGUCUGUGUGUCCAGGCCUCGCGGGCCUGUUAUGCGAGGGACCGGCGAGCACCACGAGGCCAUACCCCUCGCUACCAAGUUAUCUACGGUCUUUGCGACCUUCUUUGGAAAAGAUGUUCUUGUCGGAAUCAUGAUUCCAGGAGCCUCAGGCACUCAGGACCCUCAUAUUCCACUCGAACAAUGUGACAGAUCACCGCAACAGUAUCACCCACUGUCGUUUUCCAGCAGAGACUCGAUAAUGAGACCAGGCAGUGAAGCACUCUCUCAUCUCAAAGAUCUGCUUGGCCCCCAAAUGCCGACGUCUUAUAAACGAGGGUAAUUAAUUGUCCGUCGUUGGACCUGCAGUAAUGGAGGUCUCGCGCUCU